AUGUGAGCGGGGGAGUGUGUUUGCUCCUCCAGCAGCCGCUGCCAAACAGAAAUAGACUGCUGCCAUAUCCUGAGUUAGACAUGGCCGCGACCGGAGUUCUCCCCUUUAUCAGGGGAGUAGACCUAAGUGGGAAUGACUUUAAGGGGGGUUAUUUUCCAGAGCAUGUCAAGUCUAUGACCAGCUUGCGAUGGCUGAAGCUCAACAGAACGGGGCUUUGCUAUCUUCCAGAGGAACUGUCCUCCCUGCAGAAACUGGAGCAUUUGUCCGUGAGUCACAACAGCCUGACGACGCUGCAUGGAGAGUUGUCAAGUCUUCCCAACCUGAGGGCGGUUGUGGCCAGAGCAAACAACCUAAAGAACUCUGGUGUUCCUGAUGAUAUUUUUCAGCUGGAUGAUCUUUCUGUGCUGGAUCUGAGCUACAACCAACUAACAGAAAUCCCUCGGGAUUUGGAGAACUCCAGAAACAUGUUGGUCUUAAACCUCAGUCACAAUAGCAUUGAUAACAUACCAAAUCAGCUGUUCAUUAACCUCACUGAUCUGCUGUACCUGGACCUAAGUGACAAUACUUUAGACAGUCUGCCGCCUCAGAUGAGACGCUUGGUCCAUUUGCAGACCCUCAUACUCAAUAAUAAUCCACUCAUGCACGCACAGCUGAGGCAGUUACCUGCUAUGGUGGCCCUUCAAACCCUUCAUUUAAGGAACACUCAGCGUACUCAAAAUAAUAUGCCCACGAGUCUGGAGGGCCUCACCAACCUAGCAGACGUGGACCUGUCCUGCAAUGAUCUGUCUCGGGUACCAGAAUGCUUGUAUUCGCUGACUAAUCUCAAACGGCUAAAUCUGAGCAGCAAUCAGAUAUCUGAACUGUCACUGUGCAUAGAUCAGUGGACCAAACUCGAGACGCUCAACCUUUCUAGGAAUCAGCUCACAUCCCUGCCUUCUGCCAUUUGCAAGCUGUCUAAGCUGAAGAAGCUGUAUGUGAACUCGAACAAAAUGGAUUUUGAUGGGCUUCCAUCUGGUGUGGGGAAAUUGUCCAACCUGGUUGAGUUCAUGGCUGCAAAUAAUAAUUUGGAGCUUGUUCCAGAGGGGCUUUGCAGGUGUGGAAAAUUGAAAAAGCUGGUUUUGAACAAGAACCGGCUUGUGACAUUACCAGAGGCCAUUCAUUUCCUCACUGCCCUAGAGGUUUUGGAUGUCCGUGAGAAUCCAAAUCUAGUAAUGCCCCCUAAACCAGUGGACAGGACAGCUGAGUGGUACAACAUAGACUUCUCAUUGCAGAACCAACUGCGAUUGGCUGGUGCGUCUCCAGCCACUGUGGCAGCAGCUGGUGGAGGAAAUAGCCCAAGAGACCAUAUGGCCAGAAAAAUGAGGCUAAGGAGACGCAAGGACUCAGCCCAGGAUGAUCAGGCUAAACAGGUGCUGAAGGGAAUGUCAGAUGUGGCUCAGGAGAAGAACAAAUCCAUUGAGGAGAAUGGAGACUUGAAAUACUCUGAUCUGAAAACCAAACGAUGGGACAAGAACCUGGAGAAACCGCAGCUGGAUUACUCUGAGUUCUUCAUGGAGGAUGUGGGCCAUAUCCCUGGUGUUGCGGUUUGGCAGAUUGAAAACUUUAUACCCAUCCAGGUGGACGAGGCCUUCCAUGGGAAGUUCUAUGAGGCAGACUGUUACAUUGUUCUCAAGACGUUCUUAGAUGACAAUGGAGCCCUGAACUGGCAUAUCUAUUACUGGAUCGGGCAGGAAGCUACCCUUGAUAAGAAAGCCGGCUCUGCCAUCCAUGCUGUCAACCUCCGUAAUUAUUUGGGUGCUGAGUGCAGGACUAUCAGAGAGGAGAUGGGAGACGAGAGUGAAGAAUUUACUGCAGUGUUCAACAAUGAGAUUUCUUAUAUUGAGGGUGGAACUACCAGUGGAUUUUACUCAGUAGAGGACACUCAAUACCCAACCAGGUUGUACAGGGUUUAUGGGAAAAAGAACAUCAGAUUAGAAUCUGUGCCUCUGAAAGCAUCCUCACUCGACCCCCGGUUUGUCUUUUUGUUGGACACUGGUCUUGAGAUAUUUGUUUGGAGAGGAGGCAAUGCAACACUUGGUGGGACUACAAAAGCAAGGUUAUUUGCUGAGAAGAUCAACAAAAAUGAGCGAAAAAGCAAAGCAGAGAUUACAACUUUGAUGCAGAAUCACGAACCUCCAGAGUUCUGGGAAGUUCUUGGGGGACAGCCUGAGGAAAUCAAGAAACAUGUCCCAGAUGACUUCACUCCUGUUCGACCCAAGCUCUAUAAGGUUGGUUUGGGCUUGGGAUACCUUGAACUUCCUCAGAUCAACUACAAACUCUCUGUGGAGCACAAGGACAAGCUCAAGCUAGAUGUGGUUCCAGAGCAAAGACUGGUAAUGCGGAGUUUAGACUGCUCUGAUGAUCAGAGCUGCAGAGGACCUCUUGGGAUCAGGAGGUGCUCCAAUGAGAAGGGUUACUUUGCUGUAUCAGAGAAGUGCUCAGACUUCUGUCAAGAUGACCUGGCCGAUGACGACAUCAUGCUUUUGGACAAUGGGAAAGAGGUUUACAUGUGGGUUGGCACACAGACAAGCCAGGUGGAGAUUAAACUGAGCUUGAAGGCUUGUCAGGUCUAUAUUCAGCACAUGAGGUCCAAGGAUGCAGAGCACCCCAGAAAACUGCGCCUGGUGCGCAAGGGCAACGAGCCUCACUGUUUCAGCCGCUGUUUCCACGCAUGGAGCGCCUUCAAGACCGCUCCUGCAUAAACCAGCCUCACACAGUCUGUCUGAAUACAGUUUGAGCUGUAGGGUUCAGAAAACAACACCACUCACAACAGACCAUACAUUAUUAAAGUGCACUACAUCACUCUUUAAAAAGCUCACAUAUAUAUAUAUAUUUGCUAAUUGAAGCAAUAUUAUUGAAUUUUAUAUUUAUGUGUAGAUUUGAAAUCAAAGGAAGACCUGUCUAAAUGAUACAGCACUUGGGUAAGCGUUACCUCAAGAGAUCAAAUGCUGUAUUCCUUAAGGGAUGUUUUAAGAAGAACAUAUCUGUUGAGGGAGAGUCUACAUUUUUUAACCAUCUGGCUGCACAAGUGUUGUGAAUUGUCAUACCCGUUUACAUUUUCUAAGUUUUGCAGCGGUUAUUUUAAAGACAACUCCUUAUAUCAUUUGUCUGGGUUACACUUUUCAUGUUUUAUUCUGUAGAUGCAUAUCACAUACUGCCAAAACUUAGAGUUAUUGAAAGCACAACACCUAUGUCUGUUUCAGAUAUCACCUAAACAAGCUGCUGAUUUGGUGCCUCACACACUAGAUUAUUAUUUUUUUUGCCUUUGAAUGUUUCUUUCUAUUAGCUUGAUUUGUUUUACUGCUUCACUUUUGGGAUGUUGACUCUGAUGCCAAUGCUGAUGGAAUAAUGAAUUGCAGUUUAUGUGGGAUGUAUUUUCAGUUAUUUACGUGUCCGAAUGAGAAUUUGUGCUUUUAUGCCCUUAAACUGCCCCGUACAUCUAUACCAAUGCA